GUUCUGUACUUCCUCCCUUGCCUCAUGUCAUAACAUGGUACGAAAAAAGUCCUUGGUGAUGUCCCGAAGCCGUAAAAUGGAAUGAGCGAAUCUCUAACCGGAACUAUUCGACCAGAUUGAUCAUUUAUGUCAUUUUUAUUGGACGUUCAUUUAAAAUAUUAGAACAAUGCCACGUUACGAACUUGCCCUUAUUGUUAAAGCAAUGCAGAGGCCCGAAACAGCGGCGACUCUGCGGCGGACAGUGGAGACUUUGAUGGAGCGGGGAGCUAUUGUGAGAGGUCUAGAGAACCUUGGCGAGAGAUUGCUUCCCUACAAUAUAUCUAAACACAACGAGCGCCACGCGCGUGGCGGGUACUUUUUACUCGAUUUCCACGCUGCUCCCGCCAUCAUCCCGGGGUUGCUCAAUCAUUUACAUCGAGACGUGGACGUUAUACGACCCACUGUCUUGAAGAAUGAAACGGAGACCUCCCAUGAACAUUGUUGUGGGACAUCUGCUCCCAUGCUCGAUGACACGGUCCGCAACUGAGUUGCGUCCUAUGCAGAAGAGCCCUCUCCCCUCAAGUGUGCUGAUCUACACUGUCGUCGAGUCUGUUUAUGUAUCAUUAUCUAUCUAACUGAUGUAAUAAACGACACUUUUGUACAGA